ACCUCUAAACAUGGUUCGUGUCUACAUCGGUCGUUUGCCAAAUAGAGCAUCUGAUCGUGAUGUCGAGCACUUCUUCCGCGGAUAUGGAAAGCUGUCUGAUGUCAUAAUGAAGAACGGAUUUGGUUUCGUGGAUUUUCAAGACCAGCGCGAUGCCGAUGACGCUGUCCACGAUUUGAAUGGGAAAGAGCUUUGUGGAGAGAGAGUCAUUCUUGAGUUUCCACGGCGUAAAGUUGGGUACAACGAGGAAAGAAGUGGGAGUGGUUUCAGAGGACGUGAGCCAACGUUCAGAAAAGGCGGCGAGCGCCAGUUUUCCAACCGAUACAGUCGUCCGUGCUCGACUAGAUUCCGUUUGGUGAUCGAUAAUUUGUCUACUCGUUACAGUUGGCAGGACAUCAAGGACCACAUCCGCAAGCUGGGAAUCGAGCCGACCUACUCCGAGGCGCACAAGAGAAAUGUCAACCAAGCAAUCGUAUGCUUCACUUCCCAUGACGACUUGCGUGAUGCGAUGAACAAGUUGCAAGGUGAAGACCUGAACGGAAGAAAGCUCAAAUGCACGGAUGAGACCCGUGACCGCAGCCGUUCAAGAAGUCCACGCCGUCGCUCUCGAUCCAGAAGUCCCACUAGAAGCCGUUCUCCACCAGCUCGUCGUCGCAGUCCUGGAUCUGACAGAUCGGACAGAAAGAGCCGUAGUGCAUCACCAAAGAAACGAUCCGACAAGAGAGCUCGCAGUGAGAGCAAGAGCCGUUCUCGUUCCGGCGGAAGACGUUCCCGCUCCAACUCUCCACCAAACCGUUCUCCAUCACCAAAGAAAAGACGCGACAACUCUUCUCCACGUUCCGGAUCUGCAUCUCCAUAAUUUUAUUUAUCAUUGCACCUCUCAUGUGAAAUUUCCUGUUCCAUCUAUUUUUUUAUCGUAACGUCAGUAACUCGUGCAAAAAGCCGAAUCAUGUAAUCGACCAAUCUAAUGUUGUGCGUCUCUCUCUUUCUCUCUCUCUGUUUGUGUGUUUUUUUGUCUAAAAACUACCACUAAUUUAAUAUAUUAUUUUUAUAAAAUUCAAUAAAACAAUUUGGAUGCAAA